AAACAGGAAUGUUUAUUGAAAUGAAACAUGAGACUGUGAAGUAAAGAAACACGAUUUAACGUGAUAUUUUACUUGACAACUGUCUGCAGUAAUGCCGACGUCCCCUGUUAAAACGCGGAUCCCCCUCACCAGCUUCGGUCAUCUCAUAACAGAGGUUAAGAAGCAGCUGUUUGGCAUUGAGACUCCAGCUUCUGUGGAACUGACGGGUUUGAGGAAAUACUUCAAUAGCUACACAUUGCAGGGACGCCGAAAUUGUGUGUUGGUUACCUAUGGGGUCUUUGCUGUAACUGCUGCCGCCUACUUCCUGCACAGACAGAACAAAACAGAGAACCAGAGGUCCAACGCUGCAGCCUGAAGAAUGAAUGAAAAUGACACGACACUACCUGUACUCUGUUAAUAAAUCUAUUUAAAUGCAGAA